AUGGAUAAUGCUUCAAUAUUACAUAAUGAUGGAUUUUUUACGAUGAUUAAAAUUGGAAAAGAAAAAAUGUACUAUAAUCAAUCAAAUAAUUGCGAUUUCUUUCAUAAAGGAAUCUCGGUUACUCAUAAAAUUACUUCAAAUAAUGAAAAUGAGCUUGAAAUUACUUACGUUAUUGAAAAUAACUUCACAGAAACUCGUACAAUGGAUUUUUACAUAUAUUUCCAAGGAUUUAUAUAUAGAUAUGAUGAUAGAGUUUAUCAACUUGGUUAUCGUAACGGAUUUAAAUACCUUGGUCCAGAUCGUCAAACAAACAUCAUGCUUAUAUUGUCAGAAACUGAUCCUGUCAAUAUUUAUUCACUUGAAGGAAAUGAAAAUUCUUUUUCAAAUGAUGAUGAUGUAAGUGGAAGACUUUAUUAUGGAAAACAAAUUUUUGGCUGGUAUGCAAUGUAUAUAAAACCGUUUGAAAAAAUGGUUAAAAAGUUUAGAAUAAUGGAUGAUACAAACCUUAGUCCUCUGCCAAAAUUAAAAAUUGAAAAUCCUUUAGUUUAUGAAGGUAUGAUGGUUCCUGUAACUAUAACUCCAACCGCAAAAAAUGUGAAUUACUAUGUAUUUUCUAAAGAUACAACCAGGAAAUUAUUACUGAGUGUAUUUUAUGAUCAAAAUGACCAUGAUGAGACAGUAUAUUUGAAUAUAAGCAAGCCAGAAGAUAGAUAUUCUAUAAAUCCACGAAUUAUAAUAUAUGUUUGUACAUCAAUUACUGAUUAUUCAGAACCAGGAUUUAUUUAUUAUUCAGACAAACCCAUAAAUUCUGGGUUGGUUACAUUUGAUGUCAAAGGCAACUAUUCAUCAUAUAGGGAUGUGGCAAUCAAAGUCCAUAUUAAUUUUGAUGUCAAUUUCGAGAUAAAUGUUCAUGCAUACAUUGAUAACAAUGGAUUUGAUACAUCAGAAAGUUCAUAUUUUUAUGGUCCAGAUUUAUAUGUCUAUAAAAAGCCAAUAUCAAAGUUUUCUAUGGGUCUAAAUAAAUUGACAAUUUAUGCAUUUCACGAUUUAUCACUAUAUGCCUUUAUAACAGUGUCAGUAAAUAUUACUGAUCAAAUAACAAUUCCAUACUUGACAAUAGGUUAUUCAGAUGUUGAUGUGAGAACUUCUAAGACAAUCCAAAAUUAUGUCAAAAUUCAAAAUACAAUGAUAGGUGAUACAAUAUUAAUUUAUUACCAAAAAUAUUCUGUAGGUAAUUAUAAUAAUGAUGAUGAAACUAUUCUUAAUGAAGAUUAUAUUUUGCUUGGAUCAAUAACUAACGAAAUUGGAGGUGAUCUCAAUUAUUCUUUUGAACAAUCUUUUGAAAUGAAUCCUGAAUUAGUUGGGAAUUUUACAAAAUACAACUUUUAUUGUGAGAAUCAGCAUGAAUUAGUUUCAAUUGUAAAAAAAUUAGAAAUUAAAUUUAAGGGUCCAUCAGUAACACUUCUAACAAAAUCAAUAACAGAGUAUAUGCCCUUUAUAAUAUUAAAGGGUGAUUAUAUUAAUGUUACAUAUUUUGUUGAAGGAGUACCUGGUGAAAAAUUGACACUUGAGUUGAUAAGAUAUGAGAUUCGAUAUUCAUCUAAGAAAUUACAUGAUGUUAGAAAUCUAAAUUCUCUUGAAAAUUACGAAUAUAUUGAUCAGGAAGGAAGUUAUUGGUGUCCAAGAACAACUGCAGAAAAAAUAACCAUUAGAAGAAUUGAAAUUACAAUACCAGAAAGUGAAAGAACUGAAAACUACGAAUACUCCGAAUUAGCUCAGAAUAUUGAAAAUAUUUGUUUUAUGGCAACAAUAUUCAAAUCAACGGAAAAUAUAUACACCACAUGUGCUGAAAUAGAGAUUCAUGGUAAACCAGAAAUAAUUAAUUGUACCCUUGAGCCAAUUCCUGAUGUUACAUUAUUUAUAAUCGACAUGAAUGUUAAGACAAGUGAAUAUACAAAAAUAUAUUAUAAAUUUGAUGAUACAAAAUAUGAAUAUCUUUCAGAUUUAGGUUCAACAAAUGAUUCCCCGGACAAUCGAUAUAUCCCUAUCAAAACCACAUCAAAAUCAUUAUUAAUAGCUUCUGGGAUGUCAGAAGAAGAAUAUGAGAACAACAAAGAAAUCUUUACCAAUAAAUACUUAUUAACAAGAAUUGAAUAUGGAGUUCAUAAUCUAUCUAUCAGGUUAUCAACACCGCGAGGUUUAAAUUCAAAUGAGUUUGUUCUUCCAAUCAAUAUAACAAAUCCAGGUAAUGUUCCUACAAUUGAAGCCGAGUUAGAUGAAGUUGAAUCAAUAGAAUAUCCUCGAAAACUACCAGUAAUAUUGCAAGUUUUGUCACCUGAUUAUAGCAAUUUUACAGUUUAUGGAAGAUGGAAUGAAAGAGAUUCAUUUAUGCUUUUUGAAUAUGACGCAUCCGAGUACAAUAUGUAUUAUAACUUAAUAGAAAUUGAAUCAAUAAAGUCAGAUGGAAAUAACACACUUUAUUUGUGGGCAGUCAAUAAUGAAGGUAUUUCCUCCGAAGUAUUUCCUCUAUAUGUUACAAUUACUGUAAGCGAAGAUGAAGAAAAUCCAGAGCCAUCACCAUGGCCAACAGAAACUCCGAUUCCGGAACCAUCACCAUGGCCAACUCAAACACCAUUUCCAACUGAAACACCUGUACCUGAACCAACACCUGUACCUGAGCCAACACCAUCACCAAAAUUCCAAUGCCCGGAAAAUAAAUACAAAUAUACAUAUAGAGGCGAAAUUUCAUUCUCGUGUCUAGUUGAAGGUCUCAUUCCUGGAAACAAUCUGCAUUUUUCAGUGAAUCUUAAGGACAAAUAUGCAAAACAAAGUAAUUUUGAGAUAUCAGACGAACUAUUAUAUACUUUCCCAGAAAACAUGUCUAGUUAUUAUAAUAUUCCGAUUUUCUUUACUGAAUUUAUUGAGCAAGGUGAGUAUCAAUAUACAAUCAAGGUUUCUGAUGGAUCUACCGAGUUAUCUUUCUCAAAUUCUGCAUUCAUUUAUUACAAACCAGAGGUAGUAUCAAUAAAACCAUUAAAAGAUUCAUAUUCCCUAUUUGAAAAAAUUAAAGUGAAUUUCACAAUUUUUCACAUGAAAUUUAUACCUUCUCUGAUCAACUAUCGAGUUGGUAUUUUUGAUGAAUCAGGACAUGACAUACAAAUAGGCGAGUCAUGGGUUCCAAAUAACAGUACCAAGAGUUUUAUUUAUGAAUUUGAGUAUAACUAUCUUUAUACUGCUGGUCAAUAUCAUAAAAUUAGAUUCUGGAUUAAUGGGCCAUAUUUCCAACAUAUAGAAAUGGAUGUCAUGUAUUCAGGUAAUAAAGCUCCAAUAUUAAGAUCUCUCAAAGAAAUCAAACAUUAUACUCGUGGAUUCUAUGAAAAGUUUUUGGAGUUCAAAUUCGACAUAUUAGAUUAUGAUUUAAAUGAAACAGUUGAUUUGUAUUUUAUAGAAGAUGAUCAAAAUCCAAUAUUGAUUAAUAGCUAUGUAUCUCAAAGAAUGAAUCAUACGUUUGAAUAUAAAUAUUAUUUCCCAAUGAAAAAUGCAAUGCACCACUUAAAGUUUUAUGCACAAGAUUCAAAAGGUACAAAAUCUAAUGAAUAUUUUGAUUAUGUAGAAGUUAGACAAAAAAGAUCCACAUUAUUACUAGAUCAAAAUAAGCGGAGAAGAACUUAUAUGGGAAUUCGUUUCAGAUGGAGAAUGGGUCGAAAAAGUAAUUAUUUUCAAUCCACCUAA